CGGAAGUGGUAACAGCGAAAAUGCCAGGACAGAUCUGUGAUCCAUGCUGUGAGUACUUGAAGAAGAACUACAAAAGUCAUGUUUAACCCAGAAGAAAUGCCUAUUUUUCCAAGUAUUUCCCUGAAGCCUGAAGUGACUGAGUAUCUUAAGAGCAUCUUUUUAAACAAAGAGGUGUUGGCAGUUGUGGGUCAACAGGAGGCGGAGCAUCGUUUCCAGAAACUUCUCACAUGUUUGUCUCAUCCGCCUUCCUAUACAUGUGUGCGAGCCAGCACCCAUCUGGCACCUCUGGAAGAGAUCAGACACAAGCUGCAAGAGGAGCUGAAGAAGCAGCAGAUGGGUAGCUCAUCGGCAGAAGAGGCGCCAAUUCAGAUUCUUCCGCACCCGCGAAUCGCAGAUGUGCUGCUUCUUCCUGUUGAGGGCCCGAGACCUGUGAAGCAGCUUGGUUCAGAGGUGUUGGUGGGCGCUCAGUGUGGCAGUGCUGUACUGAGAGGAGCUCAUGUCUUCGCCCCAGGGAUCAUCGCCAGCCCUAAACACAUGAAGGUGGGGGACAAAGUGUCCGUCUUCUCUGACCUGGAGGGUAGGUGUACCAGAGGAGCCACCAGCUUCCAGGGUAACAAGGUGUUUGUGGGGAAUGGAGUAGCUGAAAUGGAUCGCUCGAGCAUCUUUUGCACAGAUGAACCAACCAGAGGUGUAGGUGUUCGGAUGGUGGAGCCACUUUACAGGAGUCCCUCUUUUGAUGGCGUUCUGCCUGACUUGGCGUUCCUGCAGAACCUUCCCUCUGUUGUUGUGGGACACGUGCUUGGGCCUCAACCUGGAGAACGAAUCUUGGAUAUGUGUGCUGCACCCGGAGGGAAGACCUGCCACAUUGCCGCACUCAUGGGGGAUCAGGGAGCAGUCGUGGCCUUGGACAGAAUUCGAAACAAGAUCGAUCACAUUUUUCAAAAUGCACAAAUGCUGCAUUUGCAAAGUAUCAAAGCUUAUUGCUUCAACUCCACCCAGGCCGUGAGCAGUGAGCCAGCACAGGAAUCUGAAGGACCUCCUUUCCCUCCUGAGAGUUUUGACCGAGUUCUACUGGAUGCUCCAUGCAGUGGACUCGGACAAAGGCCCAACAUGGCCAGCACCUGGAGCCUCAAGGAGAUCUGUUCCUACCCGCCGCUCCAACGCAAGUUGUUUCAGGCUGCGGUGCGGUCGUUGAAGAAAGGCGGGAUUCUGGUUUACAGCACGUGCACAGUGACUCUAGCAGAGAACGAGGAACAGGUAGCCUGGGCCCUCAACACUUUCCCCUGUCUUACUCUGCAGCCCCAGGAUCCUCACAUCGGCUCAGAGGGCAUGCUGGGAGCAGGCCUAUCACCUGAGCAGCUGCGCCUCCUGCAGAGGUUCAGUCCUGAGCUGAGCUGGGAUCCCACAGAAACUUCCAUCCCUCUCUCAUGCAGGGCUGACAAGGACACCAUCGGCUUCUUUAUUGCCAAGUUCAUGAAAAACUGACUGGGUGUUUUAUGUCUUUUUCUUCUUCUUUUCUCGCACAGUCCCAACACGAAAUGGGAAGUGAAGUGUUUAUAUUACGACACCGUGUGUGCUCUGACGGGCCGGUGUUGACAAAGAGCUUGCUGCUGUUUACAGCAUCUGC